GCGGGCGUUACUUACCAUGGCAGCGGCAUGGCCGACCGAGGCCGAGGAUGGCAAGUUGGAGGACAGCGCCAACAAGAUAGCGCUCCUCCUCUCGCAUCUCACGGAUCCCCUGGCCACCUGCAUUACACAGUAGGCGGAGAUCCUUGGCCUCGACACCUCGCUAGCUCAUCUCCAAGACCGCCUUCAGCGGUUGGAGCAGCGACCAGUCGCCGCCGCAGACGCAGACUCUUCCAACACUACCGACCGCCUCAAUGCAUUGGAGAUGGACGUCGGCGCACUCAAGGAUGGCGUACAAUCACAGCAGACCGCGACACAGCAAUUGCAACGGCGGAUCUGCACUACCGCCACCACUUCGAGUACAGAACCGCGCGAGACCACUCCAAAGUUCGACGGGCAGGAAAUCUUCUGCGACUCAACGAAGACAGAUCCUAUUCCAUGGUUUCGCAAGUUCGAGCUCACGCUGCAGUUGUCCAACGUCAAGGAACACAAGCACCACGCCUACUUGUACUCUCGCUCAGGGGGCGCGUGCCAGGCCUGGUUGGACAACCUCCGGCGACUUGUGCCUACGAGCAGCCCGAUGAGAUCGGCCUAUGUUUCCUACAGACCGUCGCGGUAGCCGACUCUUCCCCCACGGACUUGUCUUCGGACCCCCGUGUGGUGCGCUUGCUGGACGAGUUCGCCGAUAUCUUCGAGUCACUUACCGGUGUGGUGCCGGAUCGGCCGAUCUCUCACGAGAUCAUUCUUGAGGCCGGUGCUGUGCCGCCGAAAGGUUGCAUCUAUCGAAUGAGCGAGGAGGAGCUUGAGGUACUCCGCGCACAACUCGAUGAUUUGUUGGCCAAAGGCUGGAUCCGCCCGAGCAGCUCCCCAUAUGGAGCACCUGUUCUCUUCGUCAGGAAGAAGAACAAGGAUCUACGAUUGUGUAUCGACUACCGCAAGCUCAACGCGCAAACCAUCAAGAAUGCGGGGCCUCUGCCUCGCAUCGACGAUCUUCUCGAGCGACUGGGCGGCGCGAAGUAUUUUUCCAAGUUGGAUUUGAAAUCGGGAUAUCAUCAAAUCUCGAUCCAGCCGCACGAUCGCUACAAGACSGYGUUCAAGACACGRUACGGGCAUUUUGAGUGGGUGGUCAUGCCUUUUGGCCUCACCAACGCCCCGRCGACGUUCCAGGCGGCGAUGACCAACGAGUUCCGUGCAAUGUUGGACCGGUUCGUGCUGGUCUACUUAGACGAUAUUCUCGUCUACAGCCGGUCAUUGGAGGAUCAGCUGGGGCACCUUCGACGAGUGUUGGAGACGCUCUGCCGCGCCAAGUACAAGGCCAACCGCGACAAGUGUGAAUUUGCCCGGCAGGAGCUGGAAUACUUGGGCCAUUUUGUCAAAGUGGAGGGCAUCAGUCCGCUAUCGGACAAGAUUCAAACCGUCCAGGAGUGGACGGAGCCUCGGAACGUCACGGAAGUUCGCUCGUUCCUUGGUCUUACUGGCUACUAUCAGCGCUUCAUCAAAGGUUACUCCAAGAUCGCGGCCCACUUGAACAAGCUUCAGUGCGAGGAUCGUCCGUUUGACUUUGGAGAGGAGGUGCGGGGAUCAUUCCUCGCUCUCAAAGCCGCGCUAUUGUCUGCGGAGGUCUUGCGAAUCUACGACCCGCUCGCACCUACGCGUGUCACUACGGAUGCGUCAGRAUAUGGCAUUGGUGCAGUCCUCGAGCAACAUGAUGGUGUGGACUUGCACCCGGUCGAGUACUUCAGCAAGAAAGUGCCCCUCGUGCAUUCCAUCGACGAUGCACGCAAGAAGGAGCUYCUCGCCUUCGUCCACGYGCUCAASCGGUGGCRRCACUUCCUCCUUGGUCGAAGCCAAUUUCGCURGGUAACGGACAACAAUCCGUUGGUCUUCUACAAGACCCAGGWCACCGUCAACAGCACCAUCGCUCGAUGGAUGGCUUUCAUCGACCAGUUCGACUUCUUUCCCGAUCACAUUCCUGGGAAGUCGAACCGUUUUGCGGAUGCUCUUUCACGGCUCCGGAUCAUUGUACCGCGGUCUACUCAACUUUCGAGAUUGACGAGGACCUGCGGAACAGCUUCAUCCGCGGCUACCAAGCCGACCCCGAGUUUCGCGACAAGUACGCGAAUUGCUCCUCGCCUAAUCCGUCUCCUUCUCACUACCGGAUCCAGGAGGGGUACUUGCUUGUCCACACGCGGGGGAAGGACCUUCUUUGCGUACCAAGUGAUCCUCACUUGCGUACAUGGCUUCUUGGCGAGUUCCACGAUGCUCCCGCCACUGGACACUUCGGGGUCAAUCGCACGAUUGGCCGACUUCGCCAGCGAUUUUGGUGGCUUGGCCUUCUCAGCGACGUCACGCGCUAUUGCGAGUCUUGCGAGGUUUGCCGACGCUGCAAAUCCCGCAACCAUCGCCCGUACGGCGAGCUACGACCAUUGCCGGUCCCGUUGAGGCGAAGGGAAGCGAUUGCCAUGGACAUUACCGRCC